ACCUUAUUACCAUAUCAAUAUCUUCAUCAUGGUUGGCCGAACCUUGUCAAAAACAUCACUCACUAGUCACAGUACAGGAGCUUGUGUAGAACUUUUAGGUCUGGCCUCGCUAUCAGCUUCAGGGUACGGGUUUAAGCCCCAGACUGUAUACAUAUUCUUUGAUUUUUCACGGCACACGCACUGUAUAGCAGGGCGUGUCUGAGCUGUGGACUUGGAGUGCAGUUGUGAUUUGGAAUCUUGUGCACUGCAGUCACUUUCUUCAUCACCUAUCGAAAGUCAGCAUGGAAAGCAGCAGUGUCACAAGGACCUCUCACACAACAACUACAGUGGUGUCCCAACAACCUAUGGUGGGCGAGAGCCGGACAGUCAUAGUCCGCAACCAAGUUACCGAACAUGAUUGGUCCAGCGGAUUGUGUGAAUGUCACAGAGAUAUUAAAACAUGUCUGUUGUCCUUCUUUUGCAUGCCGUGUUUCGCCUGUUAUGUAGCCUCCCGGCAGAAUGAGUUUGCAUGCAUUCCGCUGUGCGUACCAGGUGGAGAGAUAGCUAUGCGUACAAAGCUUCGAACGCAAGAAAACAUCCGCGGAUCAAUCUGUGAUGACUGCCUGAAACUGAUUUUCUGCCCAUGUUGUGCGUUGGCCCAGAUGAGCAAGGAGCUUGAUCACAUCGAACAUAAGAUCUAAGCAGCCAUCGGCGAACCACAAAAUAACAACUUCGACAGCUGGGGCGCAUUCUUUAACAUCGCCCCGCGUAUCGUGCGUCCAAAGUUUACACGUAAAUUCGUGAUGCGCACGUCAUUGGUGGAUGCCAAGAGGUAGACAUCUGUUAACUGCCCCGUGCGAUAUAGCAGUUUCAAAGCCACAUUUCUUUGCACCGCGCUAGUAACAGUCUUGCCAUAAUCACUGAUACAAAGCAUGUGUAUACACAUGAUAUGCUCUCUCGUUUAGAAUCUUCUUACUUCGUUUUGCCUAUUGCUUGCUAACAUGUAAUAUGAUAUUAGGAUGUGACUGCAGUUUUAGGCUAGCCCUUCUUGACAUAUAUUUAAAAUUUGUUUAUGAAUACAUAUGCCUUUACAUUGCACCUGUUGACAUGACCAGCUCAAGCCGCAGUGUUUUACAAAACAAGCGUAUGCUGCGGAAAAUACAGUGCAUAUAAUGGGCGGAAUGGUUUGAGAGGUUGGGUGGAUUGAUAAUUCACCUGAUUGUAACACCAAUUUACGGUACGAUACCUUCGGGGCCACUCAAAAUUUUCCAUGUUUUAUGAAUUUCGAUUUAAAAAAAAAAAUAGUGGGUGGGUGCAUCAAAAUAAGUUAUUGAAAAUCGAAAUUCACUCUUCAUUUUAAAGAGGAAAGAAACCUUUUAUUUUCUUUUGGACGUGCGUGAACUAUGCGCGCCGCGCCAGCGUUCCGUAUACACGUACGUAUGCAAUCUUUUUCAAUUUCGUUCCGAGUUAUGGAUAGAAUGACCUGUGCACAUGUAUCUUACGGUGUGAAAUUCCUUGGGUGACGGUCGUACACCUAUUUCAUCAGGCUUGUUGGCUGCAUCCGAAUCUGUUGACUAGAACUAGGUCUCCACUCCAUCUGAAAUAGGCCUACAUUUUUGGUUCUGAGGUUGCAAUAUUUUUCAUGUUUUAAUCAUUGUGUUUUUUUGUGGAGAAGCGCAGACAGUGGCCUUUGCCGUAGCUGAAGGUGCGUAGAAUCAAAUAUAAAACGGCCGUUAUAAGUGAUACUUUGCAAACUCUGCAGGCUUUCACGCCAUCUUGAAGCAAUUUGCAAUUUGUGACGGAAGCACACGAGAAGCCUGCACGGCAAACCGGUUCCUACUGCUGGAAUAGCGAGAAUGACAUGGAAUGGCCGGGAGCCAGUGACCCCCAAGAUAACAUGACACAUUCCGAACUCAUACAGCCGUAAAACAUGAAACGAUCAAAAACUUAAGAAGUAUUUUCGCGAGUUAAUUAACAAAAUCAUGUUGCUGUCCAUGCAUAGGAAGUUUUAUAUCGAAAAAAAAUCGAAAUUUAAAAACAUUGAACAUUUUGAAUAGCCCCUUACGAUGCGUAAUUAAAUAUUAAAGCAUAUGUAGGUAGUACGGACUACAUAUUUUUGGCUCGUUUUGUAGAUAAAGAUGUAAAAGAUACAUUUUCCUGCUUAUUUUGUGCUUACAAAUUUGAUGAUCCUUUGUUAACUUAUGCAUUUAAGAAUCAUGCAUUUGCCUACACAGACAAUGUUUAUUAGGAAUGCUGGUAAUGCUAGAGGUUUGCUGAAGAAAGGGUAAUAUUUUCUUUGUACAUGUAACACUGUUCUUUCUUUUUAGUAAAGCGUUCCACAGACAAGUUUCAGUUCACAGCGGCAUGCAAAUAAGUCUUACAGUAAUACUGAGAAGACUGCCUUAUUUGAGUCUCGUACCUCCACUUUCGUGAAAGAUACCAACAACUUGUUAUCAAACACUUUACUAUUCUGUGACAUGUAUUUGAAAAUGUGUAGGGCCUAGUGGUUAUGUCAAAGACUAAAAAAUGUCAAACGUCGGGAAAACUUGCUUCAUUCGGUUUUUGAUUUUUUCUGCACUAUGAUUUGCAGCCUGUUCCGCCUCAGUUUACCUAAACGGAGGCGGAAUUAUAUUUGUACAUCAUAUUUUCCUUUUUCAGGGGGCCUGGCGCGUAAGAAUUUUUAGAAUCAGGGCUUCAAUGGAAGUUCCUGUUUGUAGUGCAGAUUCUUCUAUUAAAUCGUUUGACGGCAUAUUUAUUUCUUUUCGGCAGUGUAUGCAUCAUAAUUAGUGCAGAAAGUUCUUGAGCUUUGUGUUUGCCUUCAAAAAUACGGUGUUCCCAGCUCACCAAGACCAACUAAAGGGGACAGCCACGUUAUGUAAAGCGCCCUCAAUUAUAGUGCGACGUACUCACCAGGCACUGAGGAUAGAAUAAUUCAUAACACGUAAUGAACAGUUUACUAAUUAAAGAUGAAGGGGAUUUAUUCACGUUAGGCCUAUUGUUUGAAAUAAAAUGACUGAUGAGUCUGUCUGCCUAGAUCCCUGACUCAAAUGCUCAGACACCAACUGGCAUGAUGUGGAACAAGUGAACUUAUUAGCAUCGUUUGUUGCUCUGCACGGACAAUUUUGUACACCCAUAGGUAUUUUCCAAUUGAGCGUUACAUGCAUUAUAUCUCACUAUAUAUCGAGCCAUCCAGAGUUGUUGGAAUCUGUGCGAAAUCAUAAGUCUAUACAUGUAAUCGUAUACCUUUAUUUAACAAAGCACACUUUUAAAGCUAUACCGAUACGCAUAAUAAUAGAAAAAGGAAGCCGACGUUUUACCAUACGGUUUCGAACAUUAGGACAAGCUGUAAAAGACAGUGUCUGCAUUAGGUCUCUGAGGUUUUGGUUUACCUGAUUCAUUUUAAGAAUAAAAUGCUUUCAGCUUUUUAGUGAGAGGUAA